AUGUCGAACGCCUCUCAUGACCGAGAUUCCUCGCCUUCCGACUUCGACGACCCAAACCUCGACAAAGAUGCUGUUGAAUUUGAGGAUGAUUCACCUUAUCCAGAGGUCCGUUCUGCUGUGGCCAACACCGACGACCCGUCCAUGCCUUCCUCGACUGUCCGGGCGUGGGUCAUUGGUGUAAUUUGGGCUAUCAUUAUUCCUGGCAUGAACCAGUUUUUCUUCUUCCGCUAUCCAUCCGUUAGUGUUGGCAGCUAUGUCGCGCUACUCAUUUCUUUCCCCAUCGGCCGUGCAUGGGAGCGUUUCGUACCCAAGGUCAAGAUUUUUGGACACGCUAUCAACCCAGGCCCCUUCACCGUCAAGGAGCAUGUUUUGAUUACUAUUAUGGCAAGCGUUGGUGCAUCAUCAGCGUACGCGACUGAUAUUAUCGCUGUACAACGUGUAUACUACAAUCAGGAAUAUAACUUCGGAUAUCAAUGGAUGGUCGUUAUGAGUACACAAAUUGCAAGUAGAUUUAUCGGAUUUUCUAUCGGUGGUAUCCUGCGCCGCUUCUUAGUGCAGCCUCCCUCUAUGAUCUGGCCUACAAACCUCGUCACUUGCGCGUUGUUCAACACUUUACAUCAACAGGAAUAUGCAGGUAUCGGAAACCGUGGUGGUAUACGCCGUGAACGCUUCUUCACUUAUGUGUUCUUGGGCUCGUUUACCUGGUACUGGUUCCCGGAAUACAUAUUCCAGGCCCUGUCUUACUUCAACUGGGUCUGCUGGAUCGUCCCCAACAAUGUCGUCAUCAACCAGCUAUUCGGCUACUCGAGUGGCUUGGGUAUGUCCUUGAUUACGUUCGAUUGGGCGCAAAUUUCCUACAUUGGAUCACCCCUGGCAACCCCUUGGUGGGCGGAGGCAAACAUUGCCGUCGGCUUCGUCUUCUUCUUCUGGAUAUUGACUCCCAUCUUGUAUUACACGGACACGUGGUAUAGCUCAUACAUGCCUAUGUCGUCGAGAACCUCGUUCGACCGGUACGGAAACAGCUACAAUAUUACUGCUAUCAUCAACUCCGACGCAUCUCUCAAUGUCGAGAAGUAUGAGGCAUAUAGCCCGCUCUUCUUGUCAACAACCUUCGCCAUGUCCUACGGUCUCUCAUUCGCGUCAAUUACCUCCAUCAUCACGCACACUUUCCUGUACUUCCGCAAGCAGAUUUGGGUGCAGUCUCGCCGCUCUAUGAGUGAGCAACCGGAUAUCCACGCAAGAUUGAUGUCAAGGUACCGCCAAGUUCCAGAAUGGUGGUACGCGACGCUGUUGCUUUCAAUGUUCGUCUUCGGUAUUGUAGCAAUCGAGGUCUGGCGCACGCAAUUCCCCGUCUGGGCGUUUGUUCUCAGCCUGAUUAUUGCAUUUGUAUAUUGUGUUCCCGUUGGGAUGAUCCAAGCUAUCACGAACCAGCAGCUUGGUUUGAAUGUUAUUACAGAGCUUAUUAUCGGUUAUGCAUUACCAGGACGCCCGAUUGCGAUGAUGAUGUUCAAGACGUGGGGAUAUAUCACUAUGUACCAAGCGCUGCAGUUCGCCUCCGACUUCAAGCUUGGGCACUACAUGAAGAUCUCGCCCCGCCCGAUGUUCUGGUGCCAAGUAGUGGCGACUGUCAUCGCGGGCACCGUGCAGCUCGGAGUGCAGGCGUGGAUGUUCACUAAUAUCCCCGAUAUGUGUUCUCCCACUCAGGAGAAUGGCUUCAUCUGCCCCUCAACCGAGGUCUUCGGCACAGCAUCCUUCAUCUGGGGUGUGAUUGGUCCUGCCCGCCAAUUCUCCAAGGGACAAAUUUACUACGGCUUGGUGUGGUUCUUCCUGGUAGGCGCAGUCUGUCCGGCCGUCGCGUGGGCCAUCUCGCGGAGGUGGCCGAACUCGUUCAUCAAAUAUGUCAACUUCCCCGUCAUCUUCAGCGGAACGGGUGCGAUUCCCCCCGCUAGUGCCGUCAACUAUGUCCCGUGGGCCAUCGUCGGGUUUAUCUUCAACUAUGUCAUCCGCAGGCGUCACUUCUCCUGGUGGACCAAGUACAAUUACGUCCUGUCUGCCGGCCUCGACUCGGGCGUGGCUGUUUCCAUUAUCGUCAUCUUCUUCUGCCUCCAGUAUCCGCUGAAAGGACAGAUUGGGAUCAACACAAUCCAGACAUGGUGGGGUAAUACGGUCUCCUUCGACAAUGCCGACGGCAGGUCUGCCAGCUGGAAGACCAUUCCGACGGGAGGAUCAUUCGGCCCGUCCUCUUGGUCAUGA